AUGCCAUCCAUUGCAACCAAUCUCGGCAACAUGCGCUCAGCCCAGACCACAUUCCCAUAUCGUCCGCAUAUCAUUCCCCAUCACUCCAAUCCAUCCAGUCCUCAUCGUCGCGGCCAACAGCGAACACAAGCCGAUGCCAUACCCGUAGCGGUCAUCCAUGGAAUGACCACUCGACUAACCUCCUCAAUCCGCCAUGGCAUUUGGCCCCACAUGCGUAAAUUAUUAGCCAUCCCACAAGAAGGUGGAGAAGAUACUACGGCUGUGGUGUAUUUUUGUGGCAAGCGAUUCAAUUAUCUCCAAAACCAUCACAGAAUCCGCUGUUUCGCUGUUAACCCUUCCAUAGCGCCGUCACGUCUACAGAUUGAAAUUCCUGUCUGGCGUGAUGGAUUGCUUCCGUGUCUCGUUUCAGAAAACCUGGUCUCUCAGGCCGUCAAAUAUCCAUCCUCACAGGUCCCGCGGUCGAUUCUUGCGUUCUCAGGCAUGCCAUCGUCCAAUGACGAUGUCGCUCCAUAUUACUCGGUUAGCAAGUUGUUGAUGAGCCCGUCCCAGGCUAUCUUCUCGCCGGUGAGAUUUCUGCCACUGAAGGUUCGUGAAAAAAUGAAAAAAAAAAUUAACCCAUGGCUCGACGAUUAUGUCUUGCCACAUCAAUCGAGCGCUGAUCAACCUACUACACUUCUGCGGAAGAGCAACUCCUCCAAUGAAAAUAUCCGCUAUUCUCGAAUCUACAUUAUCGCCCUCUCUUCGCCUCGAAUAUUAACCAUAUGGGACACUUGUGUGAUAGAAACAGAGUUAACUGUGCAGGUUGUUCGGGACUGGAUCAAAAGAACCCAAGGCUCUAAAUUAAUUAUCCUCACUAUCACCUGCUUGUCCUGGGCGCUUAUCAAUGACUCUUUCAAGUGCAAGGCCAAUCAGAGUACAAGGUCCACUGCAGAUGAUCAAUCGCCGGAUGUUCUGGAAAACAAGGGCGUCCAUUUCAAUUUCAUUCAUCGCACUAUGACGCUAUCCGUUCGUUAUUCUCUUUCAAUUUCCCGUUCAUGGAUUGCAGCCGCCCAUAAUAACACCUAG